CCCUUCCAGCUCACGCUUCCCUGCCCUCCCUCUCUGCCCCUGCCCAUUUGGGAGCACAGAUAUAAACCCUCCAGCCAAUAUGUUUCCUAUGGGGGACAGUGAGCUUUGCCUGGAGGGUGCUCAUGGCUCUCACCUCAUCCCAAAGCUGUCCUUAAAGACGGAGCAAGGCAGUUCACUGCCUGCAACCACAGAAGCUCCAGAAGCUGGGCAAGUUGUUCUCCUGACAAUUCACCUCUCCCACAGGCAACCCAACGAUGCCGAGUAUAUUCUCCUACCAGAGCUCUGAAAUCGACUGGUGUGAAAACAACUUUGUGCGCUCGCCGAUCAUUGCAGAGUACUACAACACGGUCAGCAAUGUAUGCUUCUUCAUCCUUUCGGCUGCCCUGCUCCACCUGAACCGGCAGUACUGCCAGCAGCGCACCGUGCCCAUGUACUUCAUCUCUGGCCUUCUCCUCUGCGUAGGUAUCUUCUCCAUGUACUUCCACAUGACCCUGAGUUACGUGGGACAACUCUUGGAUGAGCUCUCCAUCCUCUGGACACUGGCUGUGGCAUAUUCGUUUUGGUACCCAAGGGCUCACUUCCCCAGGUGCAUCAAAAGCAGGAAGCAAUUCUACUGGUUGGGUGGUGUCACCACCGUGAUCACCACCUUGAUGUCCUUCAUCAAACCAUCCAUCAAUGCCUAUGCGCUCAACUGCAUCGCCUUCCACCUGCUGUACCUGACCUGGCGCGAGCUGAAAAAGUGCAAUGACCAACGUGUUCACCGGAUGGCCAAAGCUAUGGUGGUGUGGUGGGUGCUGGCCAUCACCAGCUGGUUAAGUGACAGAUGGCUUUGCUGGCUCUGCCAGGCGAUCAACUUCCCUUAUUUCCACAGCUUCUGGCACGUGCUGAUAGCUGUGUCCCUCCUCUACUGCUUCCCACUGGUCAUGUACUUUGACGUCACCUAUGAGAUGCCAACAUUCAAGCCAAAACUGGGAUAUUGGCCCAGUGACUCCUGGCCCAUUGUGGUGCCUUACAUUGCCUUGGAGGAGCCUCACAAGCAGUGCUAGAGCCAGCUGCAUCCUUCGGGCAUGGGGUGUGAUGCACACAUGUGCAUCUGCACGGGGAACACCUCAGCUGUGUGCCUGCUCCCUGGACAAGGGCGAUGUGGCUGGCGGAUGGGGCAGGGAGCAGCUGAGGCCCCGUGGUGCUGGGCGUGAAGGAGGGUGGGAGCCCACAGACUUAGGAGACUGCCCAGGCCAACGCUGGGGAGAUGAAGGUCUCCUCCUCCAGCUGAUGCUCACUGAGAAGGGGACAGUGCUACUUCUGUGUCCUCUGCAUUACUCAGGCUGUGGCACCUUUCGCUGACAAGGGCACAGCUGGAAAGACAGAAGCCAAGCUGGUGACAGAUGGG